AUGGAUCCAGGAGACGACGCUGGCGGCAGCGGUGCGCCUGGCCCACUUGCCCCCAUGCAGCAGCAAGAGCACCAGCACGAUGCGCUUGCUGGCUCAGCGGAGGCGCUUUCAGUGGCGGCGCUCGCGCGCCAGCUGCAGGACAGCAAGCUGGCGCAGGCGCAGAUCAUACGCACCGUCGAGCAGUCAAUGAGGGAAGCGCGCGCCGUCGAGGAGAAGCUACGCAGCCAGGAGCAGCGGCUUGCAGAAAUCGCUGUCGCCGUCGCUGCGGCCGCUUCCCCGGUGCCUCCAGCCAACGGCGGGCCGAGGUUCGUUCCCCGCCCUCCGGACUUCCGCUGGUUGAACGACGGCGCACCUGCUGCCUCACUGCCGGCACGGCCCGGCGCCCACAGCACAGCACCAGCACGGCGCCCUCUGCAAGCGGCCGGCCCAUGGCUGGCGGGCAGCCCGCCCUCGACACUCAUAUUGCAGCAAUCCGCCGCUGCAGGCAGCGACGCCGCAACCACCGUGGUCCAGGUUCCCGUCGAGGGCGCGGGCGCGGGUGCAGCGGGGACGCCGCCGCAUGCUACGGCGGUGGGGGCGGCCGAGCCGCUGCUGAGCGAUAGAGACUCGGGCUCGCCCCCGGGCGGCGACGACGGCAGUGGCGGCGGCGAGGGCGAGGGUGAGGGUGAGGGUGAGGGCGAGGGCGAGGGCAGCGCCGGAGCCGAGGCGCGCGGGGGCGCGUCUGGGGCGGGCGCGCCGCCCACGCCGCCGUCUGGCAGCGCACGGCGCCGGCAGGCGCUGGCGGCGGGGGCGGGGGCCGCGGCAGCUGGUGAUGGGGCCGUCGCGGCGAAGCGGGGCGAAGAGGAGAGUGAGGGGGAGCAACCUAUGGAUCUGGAUGCGCGAGAUGAGGUGGAGUCGGGGCCGGAGAGCGAGCGCGCGAGCCGGCGGCGGCGGCGGCGGCCACCGGCCGCCGCCCCGGUUGCUGCGGCUGGUGGCGGCGGCGAUCGCAUGGAGGGCACGGCGGUUGAGAACGGAGAGGAGGAGGGCGAGGAGGAGGGGGAGGAGGUGCGUGUGGCGGAGCCGGAUGAGACGGGCUUUUACUACGUGCUGCAGCGGCCACAGGGCGAGGACGGCGGCGGCGGCGGCCCGGCGGUGGCGGUGUGCACCAACAUGCUGGAGGUCCUGCAGGAGGACGACCCUGACACAGGGGCCCUUGCAAUGACGCGCAACACAGACAUGCCGUAUGAGUAUCAGGAUGCCGCAGACCUUUUGAAAGCUCAGAGGGAGAUGCUCGCGCUGCUGCUGCAGGCGCAGCAGCAGGCGCGCGCCCGCCGCGCCGCCGCGCUGCCCGGCGGCGCCGACAGCGACAGCGAGAGCGGCGGCGGGGGCGCGGCGUCGUUUCAGGUCGUGCCUGGCGGCGGCGAGGGCGGCGGCAGCGGUGGUGAGGAGGAGGAGGAGGGCUGGUCGGAUGGGGAGGGGCCGUCCAUCGGGCUGAGCAGCCUGGGUGGGCGGUCGGAGGCCGAGGAGGACGAGGAGGAGGACGAGGAGGAGGAGGGCGGAAGCGAGUCGCUCACCAUCAGCGGCAGCGGCGGGGAGGAGGAGGAGGGGGAGCAGGACGGCGGGGAGGGGCCCGAGCGCGGCGGCGCGGCGGCGCGCAGGGCGCACCGCAGCGCCCGCGCCGCCCUGCUGACUCAGGCCAUCGCCGCCGCCUUUGCUGCCGGCGGCGCGGGCGGCGCCGGCGGCGGCGCCGCCGGCGGCCCCGAGCGCGGCAGCGAGGCUGUGCGCGCGCUGCUCACGCGCAUGCCGCCGCCGCCCGGCGGCGGGGGCGACGGCGGCGGCGACAGCGGUGGGCCGCGCAGCGGAGAAGAGGGGAUCGUGGCGGGGCCGACAGAGGAGCGGCUAGCUAUGCUGGUUCAAAUCAUCAAUGCGGGCGUCGAGCGCGCGGCAGCGAAGUGGCGGGAAAAGGAGCUGCCCAAGCUGCGCCGCAAGGACCACGUGAUCUGGAAGCGGUGGCGCAGGCGGCGCAGCGCCGCGCGGCGCGAGGCCGCGGACUGCGAGGAGCGGCUCGCGCGGGGCAAGGCCAAGCUGGCGCGGGAGCACCUGCCCAACCCAGCGGCGCUGGCGGCGGAGGGCAAGUGCGACUAUUGGGUCGGCAGGACCCGCCGCUCCCGCGAACUGGAACGCGGAGCAGCCCCCCUCGCCUCCCCCCCCGCAAUGCCGCCCACCAUCACCACUCUCCGACCAACCGCCAUAAUCGCCACCUGA